GACGGUGUAGAUUGGAUAGAGUCCUGUUUAUCUAUUCCAUCUUGUUCACUUGCUUGUGCAAAGGUGAAGCUAUACUUGACCCAGAAUUCUUGAUCGCUGACCUCUUUUUGUUUGAUUUCCUGACUGGUAUACAUUGUGCUAGACGUCGUUCGGUGGAGGCGGUCGUGUUGUUGCCCAGCUUUGCAUAGAUUUAUCUUCGCCUCAGCCUUGUGCACUUCUUACUCUGACCACGUAUUUGGAUACGUGUACUGGAUUAUCGAAUCCAGGGACUGGAGAGUUGCGCUGAUCAUUCGCAUUUCUACUAUCUGCUAUCGUUUGAGGCGGCGGUCUUAUGGUUGCCUAGAUCUACAUCUCUACCUCUGCCCCAGCCUUAUUGACCUUUUACUCUCGCCACUUUCUCAGAUACAAGAAUCAUCUUGUAACUUCAGCGAGACGACCAAGACAACAAUUCAAUCCUUCCUUCUUUCAAAUACUUCUCUCAGUAGCGAUAAUGGAAGCCUCCGGGUCCAAAGACAACCGGUCUUCUCCUGGGAAAAUUAUCUGGAAUGCUUCGGAUGAUAUGUUCGAGUUUUUCGACACGGAAAUUGAGAAUGCAGAUGCAGAAGAGGCAGUUAUCAAACAACCAGUUACGAAUGAGUCUCGGGAAGGGUUAAAGCUUCCCCGGGAAACAGAAAAUGUGGAACGGAAAUAUGGAGAAGAAAUUCCACUUAUGACAUGCAUUGAUGAAUAUCAAGAUGUCUUCAGAGUUCCAGGUCAAAUGGAUGAAGCGGGCCGAAGUGUUGGUCAAGAAGGUGGAUCAAAUGCAAAUGAUGUGCGAACCCUCUCUGCUUCAGAGUGGGGCAAGGACGGUGAGCAAGAACGCAAAGCUCGACAAAAGCUCCACGAAAGAGAUCGUAAUUCGGUCGAGUACAGCAAAUCGCUUUUAUAUGAAGGCGACACUCUGGUAUACGUCUCAUAUCCUGGAGGCAUUACUUUUUACGACUCCAAUGGAAAAGCACAGCCAUACAAAAUUUAUCGAGCCAGUAGCGAAAAAUUAAAGGCUCUUGGCUCUGCGAAAUUCUCUCGAAUGUUUGAAGAGCGACCACAAUAUUGGGCGAGAAAGAGAAAGGGUCUUCUGCAUCAUCUUCCAGACGGUAUCAGAUAUGUACUUGAUCUUACACCACUAGAAGAAGGUGAUGAAGCAGUCGAAUUGGUAUCGGAGUUAUCCUGCUCGGCAGGAAUUAGGAAUUGGUACCUGGCUGAAACUCGGUGUGGUGUUGAAAAGCAUUUGGUUGCUGGCGACGAUGACGUUCCUGGACCUGCCAUUGUACCAGCUCGAACUGCCGAACAAUUCGGAUUAAAAGUCCCGAUAGACGGCUACAUAACCUUCCUUUCUUCGAAGUCGAGUAUCAACUCGCCUGUCAACGAUAGAUAUCUUCGUACAUCUUUGGGUCGUACGGUACCUAAUGAGGAUGCUUUUAGUUGUGGCAAGUCUUUCCAAGAUUCGCAGAUGCAGAGAGCGAUCAAGAAUAGCUUGGAAGGUGGCCAUUUAUUCGUUGGACCUUCAGGAAGUACUCCGGUGGGAACUACUCAGCAAGAUUCUACCGACGCAGCGGGGUCAAAGAAAAAGGUUCUAGAUUAUUGUCCGAUCCGUCAUCGAUUUGGUGUCGAAAAUCUUCUGAGGAUCAUUCAAGGUAAAGCACCUGAACUGGAUUCGGCACCAAAAGUAUGGACAUUAUUUGUUUUGGCAAAGUAUUAUGAAUGCACAAGUGUAGUGAUUGACUACAUAACAUCAUGGAUCAUGAAUGGAAAUAACAUCAAAUUCCUCGAAAUUCUUCCCGAAGCCAGUAUAAACAUCGGACUUGGCUUGAAAUCACCUAUGAUUACAAGAGCUGCGUUCUCAAUUCUCGUUUCUGAGGAAGCGCUCAAUGUGGCUUCCCGAACUUUGUGUGAAAAUCAUGGUGAUAGGCGAGCGGGGUACAAGUAUCUUCGACCUCGUGAAGAGCUUGAUGAAGAUUUGUGGAACGUUAUUCAACAUGCUAGUCAGGACUUCUGCGAUCGUAUUCAAAAAACGAUUACCGAUUUGUUGGAUGAAAGAAUGGCUUGGUUUUUAGAACUUCCAGAGUACAGGAAAAUAUGCAAGUUUGAAGACUAUUGCUACAAGAAAAAAGAUAAGAGCAAGAAAGAAGAAGCCGUCUAUGAGAGAAGAAAGUCGGUUAUUCAGCAGUUACUCGUUGAUCUUCGUCGAUAUGUUCGAGGGAAAAUUAUUAGUUGUUUGAACCAAGGACUAACAGUCUCGGCGAUCACGAUGGUAGAUAAAAGUCAACGCGAAGCUCAAUGGGAGAUGCCUGAAUCGAAUGAGCCUCCAGAUGCAAAUUAUAUCUACAACGGUCUUGGUGAUCGUGAAAGAGUCUUGCUACCGCAUUUCUGGCGUCGUCUUCGAGAUGUCUAUUGGGAGGAUGAUUUUGACAGCCCUAUACUUGAAAAAUACAAUCCGCAACUAAUUCGUUCAGGAAAGAGUCUUGUGGAUAGGGAUCAUUUACGCCUCAUAACUACUUCUUACCUUGAGACUCAUAUCAGCGAAUUCAAUCGUGAGGUCAACCUUGCAGUUGAUAAGGAGAAUUACAAUCCUUCGCCCCCCUCGAAUCCAUUACCUACCAUACCACCAACUGAAACUAAGAGCCUGGACGAAGAGAGACCCAAUUAUGCAUUUAUGAGUGCAUACAACCAAGAUCACGCAUAUCACCAGGCACGUCUAGCAGGAAUUAGAGCAUUGGAACUUGAGCUUGCCGAGGUCGAUGAGAAAACAGAUGAUGCAGCAUCAAUAUCCUCUGUCUCAACUGACGCUUCGACUAAACCAUUACUCGAUCUACCUUUGCGCUCGAAAAAGAACAAAGUUACGGUGGAAAACAGAAAAGAUGAAUCUGAUCCUAAUGCUCAGCCAGGACCUUCAACCAUGGUGGAAGAAAAGCCGGAGAAUUCUGUACCGAAGGUUCUCGAGAACUUUUUGCAGCAUAUGGGAAAGAGAUCACUUACUGAUUAUAAAGAAUACAGAGCCGCUCCACUGACAGGUGUCUCGUACCCAAAUGUGAAAAGUGGCUCCACUCUUCUAUCGAAAGAUAUCCCAAACUUUGCCUUCGCCAAUACAUCCAUACCCUUCUCCGCCAACUCCAAUCCUGUACAACCAAAUGAACCUUCUCAUAAUUUCAAACUCUGUUGCUUUCUGGAUGAACUCGCAUCUUACAUUGACCAUAUUUGUCACUCCAUGCUCUCCAAAUCAGACGGGUCUGAACUCACCAUGUUGACGGACACAUUGCUCUGUUUGACCGAUAAGGAAUGGCAAUAUCUACCGCUUUGGGCAGGGGGGAAUGAUGACGGCAGUGGUGGUGUGACGAGCGCGGAUGUACCGCCCGCUUAUUAUGCCAAUGUGGGGGGAUUGACACCGGGAGUUAUGUAUAAAGGGGCUAGAGGGUUUUUGGGAGUGGGGACAGGAAUGGGAAGCGAGAGGAAUAGUAGUUUGGAUGUUAAGGAUGGUAGUGCAAGGACGGAGACGGAAAUGGGAGCUGGGAGUCAAGUGGGAAGUCAAGUUGGCAUGAUGGGGGAUGAUGGUUGUGAAAGUGAUACGGGAAGUAUCUUCUCGACAGGAAGUUAUGAUAUGGCUGCUAUGACACCCACGGGAAGUGGAAGUGAAAGUGAUUUUGAAAUUGUUGGUUCUGGAGAAGAUGAGGGGUUAGAGAGUGGAGAUGAUUUUACGAUUGAUGGGGAUAAUGUUAGUGUUAGUCAGAUGGAGAUGUCGGAUGGUGAAAUUGAUGAGGAGAAUAGGGAGAAGGGGAAGGGGAAGGGAAAGGGCAAAGAGAUACAAGAUGAGGAUGAGGAUGGUGGGGUGGAUGAUAUGGAUUGGACGGAUCAGGAAGGUAUGGAAUUGGAAGAUGGUUGGGAGGGAUCUUUUACUGAUUAGUAGAGUGGAGAAGAGAGAUAAAUUUGGAAAUUAUAAGAUGAUGAUAGGAUAGGAUGGGAUGGCAUAGGAGAUUGGAAAAGAAAAAGUGGGUAAUUUGAUAGCCAAGAUACAAUGAAUUAUGAGAUACGAGAUAUGA